AUGUUACCAUCAUCAAAGCCUUCCAUGCUGUCGAAUAAUGAGAGAAAUUUCAUUCUCUCGACACUCAUGAUUGAAAAGAAGGAGAAUAAAUUAUCGGAUGGAGGAGACUCGUAUCGUAAGAGUGGAUCGAGCACAACAAAAUCAUCAUCAUCACUCAAUACAACUAUUUUACGAGUGGAUGGACGUGAUUUAUAUGAUUACCGAAGUAUUGAAUUCAUGUUACCGAAUUCUACGAAUGACCACAUUUCAAGUCUUGACUCUGUUCAAUCGGGACAAGUUCAAGUCUCUAUCGGAAAUACCAUUGCGUUGGGAGUUGUUUCAUGUUCCGUGAUGGAGCCCUACCUUGAUAGACCCAACGAAGGAUUUUUAACAUUUCAUGUGGAUUUUAGUACUGUUGGUGCUCGACCUGUUGGUUCCAAACAAACUUCACAACAACGAGAAUUAUGCAUUGAAAUUGGAAGAGUCAUUGAUCGUUCACUUCGCGGAUCGCGAGCAAUUGAUACGGAGGCUUUAUGUAUUAUUGCUGGAAGAAAAGUUUGGAGCUUACGUGUGGAUAUUCACAUUCUGCAAGAUGAUGGAAAUGUUUUUGAUUGUUGUCAUUUAGCAGCAAUUGCAUCUUUAUUGCAUUUCAGAAGACCAGAAGUAACGAUUGAAGGUGACCGAAUCAUUGUUCACACAGUUCAAGAUCGACAACCAGUCCCACUAAGUGUUCAUCACAUUCCUAUUUGCACUUCUUUUGCAUUCUUUUAUCAUGAACAUUGCACAUUAUUUGUUGUGGAUCCAGGUAAAAAGGAAGAGAUGAUUGCAGAAGGAUUCAUGACUAUUGCCUUAAAUGCUCAUAAGGAAUUGUGUGCCAUUCAGAAAGGAGGUGGAUUGGCACUGACAAAAGAUCAAAUUUUAGAGUGUGCUCAAAUUGCAUCGGUCAAAUCGAAAGAAAUUACUGAGAUACUGAAACGCUUUUUACAGAAUGAGGAAAGUAAGCGAAUUCAACAAGGAAAAUCAUACUAUGUGAAAUAUGAGGAAGAACCAAUCGACAACAGUAGUCAGGAUGAAAACGACGAAGCUAUUAGUGCCAUUUCUGAUAUAUCUGAACCUUUCUCUGAUAUGGAAGAUGACGAAGAAGAAAACGAAGAAUAA